AUGGCUGAGCAGUUGAUUCUCAAGGGUACCCUCGAGGGCCACAAUGGCUGGGUCACCAGCCUGGCUACCUCCAUGGAGAACCCCAACAUGCUCCUGUCCGCUUCCCGUGACAAGACUCUGAUCAUCUGGAACCUCACCCGUGACGAGUCCCAGUACGGUUACCCCAAGCGCUCCCUCAAGGGCCACUCCCACAUCGUCUCCGACUGCGUUAUCUCCUCGGACGGCGCCUACGCCCUGUCUGCCUCUUGGGACAAGACUCUCCGCCUUUGGGAGCUUGCCACCGGCACCACCACCCGCCGCUUUGUCGGCCACACCAACGACGUUCUGUCUGUCUCCUUCUCCGCCGACAACAGACAAAUCGUUUCUGGCUCCCGCGACCGCACUAUCAAGCUCUGGAACACCCUCGGUGACUGCAAGUACACCAUCUCCGAGAAGGGUCACUCCGAGUGGGUUUCCUGCGUCCGCUUCAGCCCCAACCCCCAGAACCCCGUCAUUGUCUCCUCCGGCUGGGACAAGCUCGUCAAGGUCUGGGAGCUCAGCACCUGCAAGCUGCAGACUGACCACAUCGGCCACACCGGCUACAUCAACACCGUCACCAUCUCCCCCGAUGGAUCCCUCUGCGCCUCCGGUGGCAAGGACGGUACCACCAUGCUUUGGGACCUUAACGAGUCCAAGCACCUCUACUCCCUCAACGCCAACGACGAGAUCCACGCCCUUGUCUUCUCCCCCAACCGCUACUGGCUCUGCGCUGCUACCGCCAGCAGCAUCAUCAUCUUCGACCUUGAGAAGAAGAGCAAGGUUGAUGAGCUCAAGCCCGAGUUCACUGCUGUCGGCAAGAAGAGCCGUGAGCCUGAGUGCGUGAGCUUGGCCUGGUCUGCCGAUGGCCAGACCCUGUUCGCCGGUUACACUGACAACAUCAUCCGUGCCUGGGGUGUCAUGUCGAGAGCAUAA